AUGUCAGCCCCAACUGCAACCCGCAGCGGCGCGGGACCGUUGGCUGCACUAACAUCCGUAUUUACGCCUCCCUGCCCCACGAGCUGGCUCUUAACGACCACCAGGCUGCCCUCUCAGUACCCGGCGUUUCCGACAAGAGGGCUAGCCUCAUGCGAUCCGCUAUCGUGGAGGACUAACAUCGCUCGAGCCGGCUUCCACUAUUAUCACCAGCCAUCUGUCCUCGCGGCUUUGACAAAUGAAGGGUUUCCUGCCAUCUUGCCCGGAGAGACGGCCGUGUACUGCGUGCCGAUUGGCUUGACCUGCACCACUGACAUUACUGACUCCCGCGGAGGUGUAUGGGCCUUCGCGCGUGAUGCGACGACAGCUGGCCCUGUUAUCACAGUGGGACCAGCAAUUCAAACCCGAUGGGUCGAGGCAGACUUCAGCAUGCUCGAGACACACCCACUCACGCCAGGCUUAAGGCUUGCCAGGACAGAGGCAGGGACCACACUUGUGACCUCCGCUCGGUCGACCACAACCACCAGUUCCACGACGGAAACGACCGGAAAACCAAAAAAAGGGCCAGCGACGGAGGACGACAAUGAGCCCGCGUCGUCGGACACCCUGAUCACGGACACUAACACACGGAGUGAAGGUGUCACCCUGAUCUUUGAGACCGGUAGCCCGACAGGUAGCCUUGGCCUGGCAAACACUGCAUCGGGAAAUCCGAGCGGGAAAAUUGGGUCUCUGGACCGUGGAACCGGCAUCGUUGUCAUCUUCGUCGUAACAGUGGUGGCAGGCAUUUUGGUAUGGGUUGCUACGUUCCGCCUUAUCCGGCGGUACAGGAAGGCCGUAAAGCGAAAAAAGUCGCGGUCAAGAAAAAAAGGUCAUGAAACCAGCCUGGAAAAAGUGCAUCGGCACACGAGAGCCAACUCAGCGACGCCCAAGUCGAUGGCAAGCCCCACAUCCGAGCUCGACUCCGGGUCUCCCGCCAUCGGCAGCACGCCGAACCCGGCGGAGCUCGAAGGCGACCUUCAACUUCCCCCACGGGCCUGGAUGCACCAGCGCCUGUGGGACAAGGGCUCGUCUCUGCAGCCGCCGCAUAGCUCGCCGAGGUCCAUGCAGUCGACCGUUUCAACGCGCAGGACGAUCCGAGAGUCGUUUGGCGAGAAGGUCAACGAUCCGGCGGCAGUGUUGAACAGGUUGAGGAUACCGAACCCUCUUUCCAUGGGACGACCGUCGCCGGGCUCGGCGAGUCCGACCACACGCAGCUUCUGGAGACUGCCACGGAGUCCGGCGAGUCCAUCAGCGGCAGCGAGAUUGAGCGCGCAAUUGCCCAAGUCGUCGCCAAGAUACGAUUUGAGCGGCAAUGCGCCAAGGGCGAGCACACCGGGGCGAGGCAAGCCAGCAAACGAGGCCAGGAUCAAAAUCGAUCAGCAAAAUGAUCGACCUGAAGAGGCCUUGGCGCCUCCGAUAAGAGCGGAUAAAGCCUAG